CGCUGAGGCGGAGGGUCCCCGACCCCCCAAGACAGGACCGGACGCCCCCGCCGCGCCCAGGGCCCUCGGACGGCUGCGGGCCGGUGCGGGCGCCCCUCCGGCGCGAUGAAGGAUCUGGGGGUGGAGUACUUGGCAGGUCGGAAAGGAGUUCAGCUCCUUGGCUUGUUGAACCUGUACCUGGAUCAAGAACAGAGAUUCCAGCCUCGAGAGAAAGGGCUGAGCUUGAUCGAGGCCACGCCGGAGAAUGAUAACACUUUGUGUCCAAGAUUGAGAAAUGCCAAAGUAGAAGACUUAAGGAGUUUGACUAACUUUUUUGGAUCUUGCACUGAAACCUUUGUGCUGGCUGUCAAUAUUUUGGACAGAUUCUUGGCUCUUAUGAAGGUGAAACCUAAACAUUUGUCUUGCAUUGGAGUGUGUUGUUUUUUGCUGGCUGCUAGAAUCGUUGAAGAAGAAUGCAACGUUCCAUCCACUCAUGAUGUAAUCCGGAUUAGUCAGUGUAAAUGCACUGCUUCUGACAUAAAGCGGAUGGAAAAGAUCAUUUCAGAGAAAUUGCACUAUGAAUUGGAAGCUACUACUGCCUUAAACUUUUUGCACUUAUACCAUACCAUUCUACUUUGUCACACUUCAGAGAGGAAAGAAAGCCUGAACCUCGAUAAGCUCGAAGCCCAGCUGAAAGCUUGCAGCUGCCGACUUGUCUUUUCAAAAGCUAAACCAUCAGUAUUAGCUUUGUGCCUUCUCAAUUUGGAAGUAGAAACUUUGAAAUCUGUUGACUUACUGGAAAUUCUCCUGCUUGUUAAAAAACAUUCCAAGAUAAAUGACACUGAGUUCUUUUACUGGAGGGAGUUAGUCUCUAAAUGCCUCGCUGAGUAUUCCUCUCCUGAAUGCUGCAAACCCGAUCUCAAGAAGUUGGUUUGGAUCGUCUCCAGGCGCACAGCCCAGAACCUGCACAACAGCUACUACAGUGUGCCCGAGCUACCCACCAUCCCGGAGGGCGGCUGUUUCGACGAGAGCGAGAGUGAGGACUCUGGUGAAGACAUGAGUAGCGGAGAAGAGAGCUUCAGCAGUUCUCCCAGCGAUCAAGAGUGCACCUUCUUUUUCAACCUCACAGUGGCACAGACGCUGUGCUUCCCGUCCUAGAAAUCUCUUCGCUCUGGGUCAGAGUUUAAAGGGUGUUUCACAGGCUUCAGCGCUAUACAGGGGGGUAGGUAGUGCUCGGUCCAGCACCAGCCCCCUGGACAGGAGUUACGUGGACUGGAGUACCUGACUUCUAUUUAUUAUUCAGAUCAGAUGUGACCUAUUUUCAUAUUUAAUCCUAAGCCAUCAAAUGGGUUAGUGCCUCUUAAACAGUUAACAAUACUUUGGACAUUGGCACUUUAUUUUUCUUGUUGAUCUUUAGCUACUUAGGGGAGGAAGGGAGGUGCUGAUACCGUUGUUACUUCAAGAUUUUUAAAGACAAAUAGUAUAACUUAUCCUCACCUUUUUAUAAAGCCUUCAGGUAUCUGUUGACACAGACUGGAAGUGUGCACGUGCUUCCUGAGCAGGGACAGUGGGUCCAGCUCUAGGGGACCCAUAGACGCUCCCUUCCCCCAUUCUCACAAUGGAAUACACAGUACUCUUACAUGUCCAACAGCUGUUUUGUCGUUUUGCUUUUUACAUGAUCAGUGUACUAUCUGAUGCAGAUCUUAAAAGUUAGGAAUUACAAUAUUGACAUGUCUGUGAAUUUUAGUAUGUAACGUUUACUUGAGGUUUCUGCUAAAGCAGAAAAAAAUCAACAGGCUAGGGCUAUUAGAUCUUUGCAUUCUUAAUGCAUAAGUAUUGUCAGACUGUAGUAUUACUUUAAUGUUAUUUUAAAUAAAAAUCCAUAAACUGCUAGUUUUGCAUGUACCUGUAUGAAAGCAAUACAGGAAGUUGGGCCAGAACUAGGUAACUAUGGAAUUGAUAAAUGUUGAUCUAUAACACAUUUUCUCAUUUUCUUAUAUGAAAAAGAUAUCUGCAUGGUUAUGUUUUAUUUCCUUUGAAAUUCACAUUUUGAAAAUGUGUUAGUGUGUGGGUGCCAAGAAUGAACAUGAAGUAAAAACGCGAACUGUCGGUAGUAUUCUAGUUUGAGCAGAUCUGUGUGGUGAUACAGCCAUAGAAUGAGGAUUUAUCAACUCUGUACAGAGAUUUUGUGCAGAGGAUUUUUAACUUUAUAAAGUGUACAUGAAAAUGUAAAUCUUUAAAAGUGUACAUAAAAUACUGUAUUUUUAUACCUUGUGUGUGCGCGAUAGUGUAGUCAUUGCAUGUAAAUAUAAUUUAUUGUGUAUUCUGUAUUAUAAAUCAUACAUUGAUGACUUGCUUUUUUAAUGGUAAGUCAACAUCCUUUGGAUGUUUUCUGAAAUGGAUCUUUCUGAAGUGAUAAUAGAUUGUAAUUCAAAAUAAAAUGAUUUCUCUUCCUUGUAUGUAA